GCUGUUGCUUGACUUAAACAAGUCAUUAACCUUUCCUUAAUCCAAACAAGAUACACUUUGAACAUUCUUUAACCGGUGUGACUCUCUCCUCGUCUAAUCUCUCGUAGCGCACCAAAGUCUCGAGCUAUACUAAAGUUCUUUGAAGUCUCCUACUUUGACCCAAACCCAACUUUUUUUAUUGCUUACCAUCCGUGAGCUACUAAGCUCAAGGUUAUAGAUCGAACAAUAACACACAUUAGACUUACAUUACCAGUAGUGGCAAGAUGAAAGGGUGGAAGGGUGUUUUAUCAAGAGGAAAACCGACUGGCCCAAAUGACAAGUCUCUUCCAACGGAACCAACAAAGCAAGAAGUGCCUCCUUUAGACACCGUAACUGUAAAACAAUCCCAGCCGGUUCCUUUGACCUCUCCAAGCACACCAUCCAUUGUCGUAUCCGCCACAGAGGACAAAACUGAAAUGAAUCACCAACCCCCGCACCCAAAUCAAGUGCCACACAAUCAAGUUUCCUUCAGUAUGCCGAAAUCCGGGGAGCGUGAUAUACCUAGAAGCGGAGCCCUCACUCGCUUGAAGAAUGCCCCAAAAGAUCAGAUCCCCAUCAGCAAAGGCCCUCGUCGACAAAAGUCUUCCCGCUUUUAUGUUAAUGAAAAGCAAGAGAUUAAAGAGACUCCAGCCUUCAACGAUGUACCCGCCAAGCAACGUCAGGAUCUAUUUUUGCAAAAGCUUCGCCAGUGUACUGUGACCUUCGACUUUAAUGAUGCCUCCUCCGAAUUGAAGGCCAAAGAAAUUAAGCGACAUACAUUGCAAGAACUCCUUGAAUACAUUAAUGCAAACAGAGGUGUACUAACGGAGCCUAUUUACGCUGAAGUAAUCAAUAUGUUUGCCAUCAAUCUGUUUCGAACAAUUCCUCCACCUGUGAACCCCAUCGGUGAUGCGUUUGAUCCUGAAGAGGAUGAACCAGUGCUAGAAUUGGCCUGGCCACAUUUGCAAAUCGUGUACGAAUUUUUCUUGCGAUGCAUUGAAUCCCCGGAUUUUAAUACAAAUUAUGCAAAAAAGUACAUUGACCAAAGGUUUAUCCUACAGCUUUUGGAGCUUUUUGAUAGUGAGGAUCCACGAGAAAGGGAUUUCUUAAAGACGACUCUGCAUCGAAUAUACGGCAAAUUUCUGAACUUGCGUGCAUUCAUCAGACGAUCUAUCAAUAAUAUCUUCUUCCAAUUCGUUUACGAAACAGAGCGACAUAACGGCAUUGCGGAAUUGCUUGAAAUUCUUGGCAGUAUUAUCAACGGAUUUGCAUUGCCACUGAAGGAGGAGCACAAGACUUUUUUGACAAAAGUACUUCUACCCUUGCACAAAGCCAAAUCAUUGGCCCUAUAUCACCCACAACUUGGUUAUUGCGUCGUACAAUUCCUGGAAAAGGAUCAAGCAUUGACUCCAGACGUGGUUAAUGGACUGUUACGUUAUUGGCCAAAAGUGAACACGUCAAAGGAAGUCAUGUUCUUGACGGAAAUAGAGGAAAUUCUAGAAGUAAUCGAUGUACAAGAGUUCCAAAUCAUUAUGGUCCCUUUGUUUACUAGAAUUGCUGAAUGCGUGUCAAGCACGCACAUACAGGUUGCUGAGCGGGCACUAUACUAUUGGAACAAUGAAUACAUUGUCAGUUUGAUGGCAGAAAAUAUCGAAGUCAUACUCCCAAUCGUCUUCCCCCCGCUUUAUCGAAAUAGUAAAUCCCAUUGGAAUCAAGCUAUUUUGAGUCUUGUAUAUAAUGCCCUCAAAUUGUUUAUGGACAUCAACCCAGUUUUAUUCGAAGAUUGCACGAACACAUAUAGGAUCAACCGUCAACUGGAACGUAAAAAACAAAAGGAAAGAGAGGAUAUGUGGAAGCUGAUCGAGGAAAAAGCUGCCCAAAAUGCACAGCUUGCUGUUUCUGAGCAUCAAUCCUUAUUUGGAGGCAAUAUAACCAAUGCUUCCCCUGAUGCAGAACUGAAUGUAUCAAGUGACGAUGAAGAUGUGGAACUUGAGAAUACCCAAGAACAUACCGAUGAUAUACACCCGGACAUGCAACAAUUUAAGACUACCAAUGGCCAAUAUCAACAAUUUAGGAGAAAAUCCAUUAUUCCUGUUGAUGAGACCGUCCUCACAGAACUCUCUCGCCAUGUCAGCUUAGAUGAGGUGCUCAACAACACACCCGAUUCGCAAGCGAACCCAGAAGACCUCGCACUAGAUUCGCUAUCGCUGCAAAAUGAAAAAAAGUAAAAAUGUUAUAAGUUAGCUGUACAAGAACAAUAUGAGAAAUCCAUGUAUUUGCAUUUUGGUUUAUUGUAAGGAAGCCGUUCAAUGGCGUUGUAAUCUCACGGUCUAUGUUAAAAAAAAAAGGAAUAACUUAGUUAUUAAAGCCAGUUUCUGCGAUUUUUUUUUCAUUUA